UCUCUCUCUCUCUCAUACACUCGCCUUUCAUACCAUUUUCUACGCAAAAAUUUCUCCACCAUUUAUUACAACCCCCGAGGAAAAAUCAGCGUCAAUCAUGAAUUGCUGAUUUCAGUUUAAUCGUGUGCACAGUUGCGUACAUCUCUGCUUAGGUUCAUCGAGAAGAAACGAUGGCCAAUCCAUUAAUGGAGGAUUUCAUGGACUGCCUUCUUUCCUUCUUUCUUUCUACUUUGUCUAUUUCCACAACUUUCCGGGUCUGAUUUUUGUCUUUUCCAGUGACUAUUUCUGAGUUAACUUCUCUUUUCUGUCUUCUUCCACUCCGUUAAUUCCUCUCAAUCUUAUCUCUAUUUGUGAAGAACAAUUCUCCACUAAUUCUAUCUGUCUACAAUGCCUCCAUUAUACUUUCCACUCCGUUGGGAGAGCACCGGAGACCAGUGGUGGUAUGCUUCCCCAAUCGAUUGGGCCGCCGCAAAUGGUCUAUACGAUCUGAUCACCGAGCUUCUUCAUCUUGACACAAAUCUCCUCAUUAAGCUCACUUCACUGCGCCGGAUUCGUCGUCUCGAGACAGUCUGGGACGACGAAUCUCAAUUCCACGAUGUCUCCAAACAUCGCGCUUAUAUCGCCAAGAGAUUGCUCUCCGACUGCAAAACAAAUACUGGUCAAAAUUCACUUAUUAAAUCUGGCUAUGGCGGCUGGCUUCUCUACACUGCUGCGUCUGCUGGAGAUGUGGAUUUCGUUAAACAACUGCUCGAUACAGAUCCUCUUCUCGUUUUCGGUGAAGGUGAAUAUGGCGUGACUGAUAUUUUGUACGCAGCAGCUAGAAGCAAAAACUGUGAUGUGUUUAAACUGUUGGUUGAUUUCUGUGCGCUGGCGAGCGGUGAAGGAGAGUUAACGAAGAGUGAGAAUGAAUCAAUUUUCAAAUGGGAGAUGAUGAAUAGAGCUGUUCAUAGUGCGGCUAGAGGAGGUAAUUUAGGGAUUUUGAGAGAGCUUGUUGGGGAUGACGAUGCCAGUCGGGUGUCGGAGUACAGAGAUGCGCAGGGUUCAACCAUUUUGCACACCGCCUCCGGAAGAGGACAAGUUGAGGUUGUGAAGCAUUUGGUAUCCUCCUUUGACAUUAUCACCUCUACAGAUAAUCAAGGAAACACAGCAUUACACGUUGCUGCUUACAGGGGUUACUUACCAGUGGUAGAACUUCUGGUCUCCGCAUCUCCCUCUUUAACCUCACUCACAAACAAUCAUGGAGAUACUUUCCUCCACAUGGUUGUUGCUGGUUUCCGAACCCCUGGUUUUCGAAGAAUAGACCGCCAAAUUCAACUCAUGAAGCUCUUGGUAAGUGGCAACGUUGUGAACAUUCAAGACAUCAUUAAUGUAAAGAAUCAGUAUGGAAGAACUGUCCUUCACAUGGCUGUAAUUGACAAUAUCCAAGCAGACGUUGUACUGCUCCUCAUGAAACUGCCUUCAAUAGAUUUGAAUGCCCGGGAUGAUGUUGGGAUGACCCCAUUAGAUCUCCUCAAGCAGCGGCCGAGAUCAGUAUGUUCUGAAAUUUUGAUUAAGCAGUUGAUUUCUGCUGGGGGAAUCUCCAAUUAUCAUGAUAAUACGGCAAGAACUAUUGUUUUUCAUCUCAAAGAGCAGGAUAUAGGUAGGAGUCCUGGUACUUCCUUUAGAAUCCCUGAUGCUGAGAUAUUUCUCUACACUGGAAUUGAGAAUGGAUGGGAUGUGAAUGGUGAUCAGGCAAGCAUGGUUAGUCUAAGUACUUGUUUGAGUGAAAAAAGUGAUUACUCAAGUAAUUCAAUAGAUAGCGAAAAGACUACUUCAGUUAAAAAUGUUGCAAGGCGCUUGAGGUUUCUCCUCAGAUGGCCAAGAACAAAGGAGAAGAAGUCCAUAGAUGAAGAAUCUCUGGAAGCUUCAAGUCUGUGCAGAAAUUGGGAGAAACAUCAUGUCCCACUUAGACAAAUAUAUUCAUCAUCUUCGUCUCUCUUGAAAAACAAAAGAGUGUUUUGUAGUAGGAAAGAUCUUCCAAGUCCAUCAACCAGAAAGAAAUUUACUCGAGGUUUAUCACAUGGUGUACUUAAGGCAACACCAAACUUAGCUCUUUCAGAUCAUUCAUGUUCCUUGACCUUUUCGGAGAAACUCAAGGAUGUUACAAAUAGUCCAGGAAUGUGUUUGGAGAAUCAAUCAUUGAAUGGUAAAAUUUCACAACGUAGUGGGAGGAAACAAGUUUCUUUAGAUAAAAAGUUGAUGAACCAGUACUUGUGUUUUGGUGCUGAAGGCCUGGCUCUGCAAAAUUCCAACCAUACACGCAGAAAUUGGAGUCUUAAGGAUGCCACUUCUGUAGUCGCAUGAUCCCAAAGUUAAUGGAAACACUUUCUAAAAUUGCUUACUGUAUGUUUUGGUUUAAUUUUAUUGCAAUUUUAGUUAAUUUUGGAUUAACUACUUUUACUUUAACUCAUAUAUAUACUAAUACUUUUAUGUUCA